AUGGCGAGCUCCCAGCAGGGCCCAGACCCCGCUCUCGACUUUUUCAGCCCUCGGUUCGACCCCCUGAGGGCUCUGCAGGCCGAGGGGCUGCGUCCGCCGGUGCCUGGGGCCCGCCCCCAGGACAACGUCUUCCGCUGCCGCUUCUUGCUGCCGCCUGACCACCCAGACGCGUGGAACGAGGCGCGGCGGCCCGGCAAGAGCAAGGAGGCACAGGAGGCGGCGCAGCGGGAGAAGUUGCGGAUCUCCUACGUACACCAGAAGCAGGAGCGGCAGCAGGUGAGGACCAACCCUGUGGACCAGAUUGCGGAGCGCGUGCAGCAUGGCCCGCUGCUGCUGCUCAAGCGCUGGUACCAGCAGCGCAGCAGGGUGCGCGUCGUCACGCGGCAUGCUCGUGGCGUGCGCGGCAGCUCGGAAGGCUUGUUGGUGGCCUUUGACAAGCAUAUGAACCUGGUGCUGCGAGACGUGGAAGAGCAGUACACGGUACUGCUGCAGGUGCAGCGCGUGAAGCCGCCAGCGCCAGGCAGCAGCGGCCUGGAGCGCACGCGGUGGGUGCGGCAGCAGGAGCACCGCCGGCGGCAGCUGCGGCAGGUGUUUGUGCGGGGGGACAGCGUGGUGCUGGUGUCGGCGGGCCCCUCUCCUGCGGAAGCAGCAGCCGCAGCACAAUUCAGGCCUCAUGCACGUCAACGGCAGCAGGCAGCGCAGAAAUCGGGCAUCAGAUGA